AUGGAUGAAUUGGAAGAUGAUCUGACGGUGGCUUCUGAGUCGGGAAGUUCUGAUGGUAAGGAAGGGUCUCCCUCUUGCUCUGGGGAUAGUCUUUGCUGCCGUAAUAAGGCUAGUUCGGGGAAGCCGAUUGAGGUCGAUUGUGGUGUUGAGGAAGGUGGCCAGAGUGUUGGCCUUCAAAUUUCAGAUCAUUGUAAUCUCGUGGGGUUGCAAGGAGUGGAUAUCGAUAGGGUUGAGAAUCUGGUUGUGGAGCCAAAUGUGGUCAGUCCUAUUAUUGACGGGACUUCAAAGUUGGAGGAUAGAGUAUUGGUGGGUGCUUCUGAAAUUGUUUCUCCAGAAAUUGAGCCACCUUUAAGGAUGGGUUUAAAGAAUGGAUUUUUAUUAGAUUCUCGUAGAAGUUUUCUGGUGGAUUCAGGGGGGAGGAGUAAUGGUUUAGUUUUGGGUCCUGUUAACUCUUUGGAAUUAGGCGAUGCAAACAUAACGAAGAUUUCGGGAAAUGAGAGUUUUGGGGGAGUUCUAGAAGAGGUGUCAUGUGUUCCAGAAGUGUCUAUUAGGAAUAAAAAGAAGAUGCAGAAAUUUGGUUCUUUGUUGGAGAUUCAGGACUCAGUUCUAUCGAAAGCUGAGAGGAGUCGAAGAGAUCGAGCGCUGAAGAAUUCCAAGUUGAAGAAGUCCGAUCUAGAAUCUACUGAAUUAUCAGGUAGAUCUAUCUCAGAUUCCGAUUUAAAGAAAAAGUGGAAAGCUGCGUAUGCCGAAGCCGAGGAGACUCUAUCAGUAGCAAAGAUGCUGGGUAUAACUUUUGUUGAGCCUGAUAGGAAGGUUCUUGAUGAGUUAGUGAAGUUAGAUUUGUGUUGAGGGUAGAGAGGGUGUUGUAGGGCAGGUGUUAAGUUUUCUUUUUUGGUUUUCGGUUGGUGAGGUCCCUGAGUUUGGUUUCGCUAGAGUUGAGUUGACGAGAUUGAGUGAGGUGUAGGGCUUGCUAGGUGUUUGUAUUUGGUCUUUGAGGAUCGUGCGUAGUUAGUUUGUUUUUGGAGGUCCUGAUGUUGAUUUUUAGGAGAUAUUUGUGAUUUGUUUGGUGUGUAUUGGGGGUUUAGGUCUCGGGGCUUCUAGUUUGUUUAAGAAUUAAGAUGGAUAGUCAUUUAGGUUCCUCGAAAUGAGAUGUUCGUGCAGUGCUUCGAAGGUUGAUAGUAUAGUGCUCGUGGGUGUUGUGCGUGAUGGGCGUUUUUGUUUCCCAUGCUUGUCUGUGCUAGUGGCCGAGCCAUCUCUAAUUUUAUUGGAUCAGGUUCUGUCUCUUUGAUCGGCCUUUGUCUUUGAAAUGACAAUUGGAAGGGUAUGGGUGGUCGUGCACGUGAUCCAUUUGUCAUGUAGAGGCUUGGAGUUGAGCAUCUUAAGGCUUAUAUUAUAUUCUCUGAACGGCUUUGGUAGUCCAAACGGUCCAAUUCUUGAAUGGCGACAGAGUAGGGUCUUAUUAUUUAAAGGGGCUUUGGUUUUUGCUACCCAGACAUUGAGUGGAUGAAUCAGG